ACAACGGCACUACUGGAUUCUGGAGCAUUCUCUUGCUAUAUUGAUCAAAGAUUCGCAGAGAAACAUGGGUUUAAGAUGAUACCACUAAACCAUGAAAUAAGAAUCCUCAAUGCAGACGCCAGCCCCAACAAGGGUGAUGCAAGUUUGCUCGUCACAAACCUCAGAUGCAUGUCAAUGAUCCUUGGCAUGAAGUUCUUACAAGAACAUAACCCCCGAGUUGACUGGGAACAUAGAGAGGUCACGUUCUCAAGAUGC